UUCAUUUCAUAGUAAUGAGCGACAUGUGCGAGUAUUUUGUUUUGUUGUAAAUAAUUUUUGUUUUAUCGUGUUUUAAAAAAUGAAGAAUGAAAUAUUUGUCGAUGGUGUUGUUGUAAAAGAUGAGUAUUCAUGUCAGGAAGCAGCUCCCGUUGUAAUAAAACAAGAAAUCCUCGAAGAUGAUGAAGCAUCAACGAAAAACUUCUCAUGCCAAAUAAAGCAAGAACUUCCGGAACCUGAAGAAGAGGCUCCGCAGGCGGAAACGGAGGCUCUUGUGAAGUUUGAGAUCACUGAAAUUGAAGGGGAGAAAUGUACGGUGAAAGGGAAAAAGCGGAAGAGGAAAAAUGGGAAGCUGGGAACACUUCAAUGUGAUAUUUGUGAUAAAAAGUUCCGGCAUCCAACUCCACUGAAGAAGCAUCGGAAUACCCAUACUGACUUGCUUCCUUUGCCCUGCAACAUCUGCCAGAAGGUGUUUGAGACAGCGGAGAGUCUCAAACACCAUCUCAUGAAGCACAUCAGUGAUAAGAGCUACGAAUGUUCUCCCUGCAAUCGCAAAUUCCUCCAUAAAGCUCAACUUGAGAAUCACAAUAAAAUUCUCCACAAUAGUAAACCCAGCGUGGAGGUAAAGAAAGGCGUCCGGGAACCAUUCAUUUGCCCAUAUCCGCAUUGUCGCAAAAUGACAUGGAAUGAGCGUAUGCAUAAGAAUCAUGUGGUUACUCACGAUUACAGCAGGAACUUUGAAUGUUCUGUGUGUGGUCAGAAAUUCAAAUACCCACUGAGUCUCAAGAGGCACAUGAACGUCCACAUCAAAGAGAAGCCCUUUGCAUGCCAAAUCUGUGGGAUGGCAUUCGCAAGGAAGGCCUACCUCAAUGCCCACAGCGCUACACAUGUAGGAAUUAAAAUAGAAGCUGAGGAUCUUUGAAGACGUGUAAACAAUUUCUUCCUACAUCAAGAAAGGAGACGUUCUAAGGAGUUUGUUUUAAUUUAAUUUUAUCGUGUUAAAAUAAUUUUAUUCCUUUUUUAUUUCUAUCGUUAAUUCAACGUAUAAUAUAAUAACUUUAAAAUAUACUUUUUAAACGCUUA